ACAACCCAUAAAAACAUGCAUUUGCAAUAGCGAGGCUUGUUUCACCACAUCAACAGUGAGGUGGGCUGCAGGAGGCUCAUUGCACCGCCUGAACGCUGCAACAGACGCGUUAACUGUGUGGGCAAAAGUGUUGAAACCACUGGUACUUCCUGCACAGACAACUUACUGGAACGGAUCUAUGAUGAAUAAUAUUUCAUCGACAAUAUAAACCUGAUCUGCCCUUUUUUACUGCAAACGGCGCCGGGACAGAAUCCAUUUUCUGCACAGAGACCUCUGGGUUUGUUCCAGCGUCCACAAGAUGCAUAUGAAUAGCUUAUUAAAUCAAUGGACUGACAUCUCCAGGAUGUGUGAUGUGGACGUGUCCUCAGAGCCCACCAGUCCCACCCUGUGUGGUGAGUCUUCAGACAAGUACUACCAUGUGGACCGCUGGCAGAAACUCCGCACCGCCGUCCGCAAACUGGAGUUCUGGGAAAACUUCACCGCUGAGCUAAUCGGGAGCGGCUUCUUCUCCAAAGUCUAUAAGGUGAUGCACAGUACCAGUCGGAAGGUGAUGGUGGUGAAGAUCUACAAAAACGACGUGGACCAGGACAGCAUCGUACGUGAGAUCAGCCUGCUGCAGAAGCUUUCCCACCCCAACAUCGUCAGAUAUCUGGGAAUCUGUGUGAAGGAAGAUAAACUCUAUCCUAUCUUAGAGUAUGUGAAUGGUGGAUGUCUGGAGGAGCUUCUGGCCAGGAAAGAUGUUCCCCUGUGCUGGAGAGAGAAGGUGGACCUGGCCUGUGAUAUAAGCAGAGGGAUGAUCUACCUGCACUACAAGAACAUUUACCACAGAGACCUCAACUCUAAGAACUGUCUGAUCCGGGUGACGUCUCGAGGUCGGGAGGCCCUGGUGACAGAUUUCGGCCUGGCCAGAGAAGUGGUGGAGCUGCCGGUUAAAGACCCCGGCAGGAAGCUCUCACUGGUGGGCUCUGCCUUUUGGAUGGCCCCAGAAAUGCUCCGAGGAGAGCCGUACGACCGCAAGGUGGAUGUUUUCUCCUUCGGCAUUGUGCUCUGUGAAAUCCUGGCCAGGAUCCCUGCUGACCCAGAGAUACUACCCAGAACACAGGACUAUGGACUGGAUGUGAAAGCAUUCAAGGAGCUGGUGACUGACUGUCCUGAGCGUCUUCUGGAGUUAGCAGCCAGCUGCUGUAUGGUGGAGUCUUUCAGACGGCCAGCGUUCACGGAGUUGUUGGACGAGUUAGGAGAGGUUGCUGAGAGUCUGGAGCUGCCGCCCAAAUCUGAUCUGACCACGAGUUGAGCUGUCUGGCUCUGGGAUUUGUCACUGUGUGGACAGGAAGCUGAACCUGAGCGGAAGAAACCUGAGUAUUUCAGCCCUCUGUGGCAUCACUCUCCUCCACUGCACAACGCACGACGAUGGUUGAACUUGUCUUAACUGAGGUGGUGCAGAUGUACUAGAUGUGUUUUCAGAGAGCAGUGGACACUCUGCUGACUUCUCAUGGACAUUUUGCUUUGACACAUUUGUGUACAUAUAAAUAGUGGUUUGAUUGAUAGGAGUGAAUAUACAAUAUGUUUUGUUUCUUUGCCGCACGUCUUACUUGACUGAAAGGUCUUAUCCUCUCUUCCUUCCUUGGUUCCUACUGUUCUUUGUGAGUGGUUUGUUUCGUAACCAACGAUACAGAUGAUCAAGUCUGUUGAUGUAUUUUCUGCCUCUUCUACAGUAUCUGCUUACCCGUCCCCUUUGUGAUUCAGGUCGGCCUCUGCAGGCCUAGACUCUCACUCAGUGCCUCUCCAACAGGAAAUUGCAAUUGCUGACUGAGCGAGAACAGCCUGCCCUAUACUGGGACUUCAACAAGUCCACCAGACAUACAAGAUGGGACUCAAAACAAAACCACUUCAGAAAACAGCCUGUGGAUACAAGCAACAAAUACAGGGCUGAUAAAUCAGGGGCUGAAGAGAUUUUAAGUUGACUUUGAAGUGUGGAAACCUCAAACAAGCCAUGGUCAAACCCCUAAUUUGUUCUGUGUGCAGGUAAACAAUUCAUAUUCACAGUCGCAGUUCAUGUCGGUGUCAGUCUAAGCUAUUUAUUAUUUCCAUAAAACUAUAUUUUUCUUGAAUAAUACUGAAGCUUUUCAGGAACAAAGAAAAAAGUUUCUAGCCCUCUAGCUUUUAUUUGGCAUAAUGACAAUUUUGAGUCCUCCAGUCGACCCAUUCAUUUCUUAACAAUUAAAUCACAAAAAAGUGGUUGUUUUCAAUAGCGGUGUGCACAAUUUAAUGUUCACAUCUCAUUUUGCUUUGUAGUUGUCAUAUUUUGUCGUUAUUUGUCUGAGCUCAUCAAGUUACUUUGAGCUGAAAAUGUGUGUGUAAAAAUUUUAUGCUUAUCUCUUUUGCUCUUUUUAAAAUACUGACACCUUUUUGAGAUUGAAGGAGUCCACAUUGGUUUAAGUUUACCAGUAUUUACUUUCUGGUCUCACAAUGAUUUUUCAGGCAGCUACAAUACAAAAGGAACUCUCACGAAAGCCAUAUUUCAGGCUUUCAGAUGAAUAAAAGAUAACAUUUCAGAGAUACAGGUUUAGUUUUCUUGCACAUGAAUGAUAAAAGUUUUGAAACUAAAUAUAAAAGAAUAAUGAAACAGAAACUGCAGCUGAAACCCAGAAACCCCAACAAGCUUUUACAAAGACAAACAGAACUAAAACUGAAUUGUAAAACAGAUUCACCACAGAGGAGAAUGUCUGAAAAGGCUAAUCUGUAACUUUAGGUCCUAUUUUGCAGACAGUUUUCUCCACUCGAGGAAGGUCAUCUGCUCCGAGUGACUGUACAGAUACUGCAGUCCGAGUGCUUUUCAGAAGUUGCUGUGUCAGUUUUCACAUUCCAUCAUGGAAAACUAAUUGAACCAUUUUCAUUGCAAUUUUCUUUAAUCUACUUAAAUAAAAAACUGAAAAAUAAAG